GGGCAGAAGGGACGUUCAUGACAGCUCUCGGUACCAGCAUCUGAAAUUCAGCUUAGGUCACAUAGGAUCACUUCAAAUGGCAUCAGAGGAUCAAAACAAGGAAAAAGAGGGGGGUCCUAACCUUCCAACAGCUCCUUUCCAAUGGGGAGCCAUCCUGUCUGCAGUGAAAGAUCAGAUUCCUUCAAUGGAUUCUGACACCUUAGUGUCUGAUUGCAAUGAAGAUGAUGGGGAGCUUUUCAUCUUCCAGCGUGAUCAAUCCAACCUGGUUCCUGACUUCUCGGAGGAACUAGAAGACCUUCCUCCAGAAGAAGCACACUUGCAGAAAACAUUUGAGUUUAUGAGACAUCCAAGAGAGACCUGGAAUGAAGAUGGAGAAGAUUCCACUUUUCAGAAAGACAAGAGUCCUAGGGGACAUGUGUUACUAGACAGGGACGGAUUUGGUCUUGUGACUGAAGAAAAGUCAAACCAAGAGGCCAUUGCUCCUUCAGUGUCCUCUAUAAAUGAGAAUAAACCAGGAGAGGGAAUCUCAGGGGUCCCCGGAGACCAAGAACGAGAUAUCAGGGAAAAUAAGGGGAGACUGAGCUCUUCACCUAAUACGUUACCAUUUGUGGAAGUGUCACCUUUUUUGAUGCUAAACGCCAGUGAAAAAGAACGAAGGAAACUAAUAGAAACUAAAAUUCUCUCCAAGGCGGCAUUGGGACCCCCUUCUGGAGAACUAGGUCAUCCCCAACCAAAAAACAAUAACAACAAUUUAGAAAUUGCAGAACAGGAGCCAGGAGCUAUUUCAGCUGAACACCCCCGAGAGCUGAUGCUGUUUGCCUUCAAGGACAUUGAAAAGUGGAAUCUAGACAAGGUACUACAGGACCUGGAGAAGCAAAGUGGCGAUAGAAAUUGUACAGUGGAAACCGCUUUUUCUUCAAUGAACCAUGAAGCUGUCAGGGCUCAGUCACAAACAAGGCUCAUGGGAAAGCUAGAAGAGCUAUGCCUCAAGCAGUCAAGGGCAUUUUUCUCUCACCGCAGGAGGUGCCUUGCCAAGUUUCCCAACUUCAGUGAGUGCCAGGGAGAUGGGAGAGAUGUACCCAUCCUGGCAUCAUGGACGAACGGCCAAAGCCUUCCUCCAAUUGAACUGCAACGUUUUCCAGAGCCUCCAACGGUAUAUAUUGAUCUAAGGGAAACAACAUCUCAGAGGUCUGAGUCGUUGGCUGAUGAGCAGCAAAGCUCGAGUGGCAGCUCCACAGAUGAAGAGGAGGAGGAGGAAAUGGAAGUGACAGACCGAGAGAAAGUGGAAGAGGGGAUGAAAGAGUUUCCUCAGCCAUCACGCAAGGGUUGCACUGCGAAAAGCUUUCUGCUGCAGCAGCUUCGCUACUUUCGCAAGAUAUCUCAGUCUUCAUCUGUUGCCCAGGACAAGGAAAAGUGCCAGAAUCUCAAGAGCUCAGAAGAAAAUGACCAGCUGGGAGUCAGGAGAAGACAGAGCCUAAAACUGAGGAGACCCACCUCCAGGGGGUCAGGGAAUUCAGAAUCUAGUGCAAGAAGCUUCCCCGCUCUGGAUCUUAACAGUGUGGCAAGGAGCUCAAGAGAACUCAAGGGAGAAACCAAGAAAGGGUCAAACAGAGAGACACCUCAAGACUCUACAGACAAAGACACAGGAUACCCAAGGACAGAAGAAAGCCAAAAAGAAAAGCAGGCAGAAGAGAAGCACAGGAAACAGAGGCUCAAGGAGCAGCUGGAAAACUUAAAACCUCAGCAUUCCACCACUGGAAAGCAGCCCAUGGCAGAACAGACCCCCAUCUUAUUCCAUACGGAGGCCUCCUACCUUGCCCCUGUCAACAUGCUACCCACCCCAAAAGGCGCCAAAAGAGAGAUGCUGCUCAUGACCAUUUGGUUAUCUAGCUGCGGACAGGUUGCCCCUUGCUGCCAGCAGACCAGCUUCUUUCCCGGAACCCCCUUGGCAGCAGCUAGCAUCUACCCUGCAGUUGUGACCUGGCUCCUGUCUCUGGUACCCUGCCUGGGAGCAAGAGGAGAGAGCAAAGCACCAUUCCAGGUCUUGGGGCUGCAGCAGAUCUGGUAUAAGGAUGCCCUGGCACUCCACGCUUGUUUAACACCAGUCAGCGAGUCGGAAGUCCACAGCAGUUGGAAGCAUGAAAAAGAAAAAGAAAAGCAACAACAAAGCCCAAGCACCUCCUAUUUAGAGCCCAAGAACUCCCUUCAGGGAAUGUCUCUGUUCCAUCAGCAGAGCUCCAUGUUUCUCUCUCAAACGUCUCUCUUGGAUGUUAUCUGGUGGAAAGCACAACUGGACAGUCACAUGCAGAAUCAGUCAUACCCCUUCCUCCCUGAGAUUCCUCCCAUCCACUUCAGCCACUUUGCUACCCUUAACUCAGAUUCCAUGGCGCUGGAGAAGGCCUUUGCAGUGCCAGCUGGGUUUUACUGGCAGACUGUAGAGACGGAUGAAAAAUACUUCCCCAGUGGCAGUGAUAUCAGAGAGAGCAGCGACACAGAAAGUGAGGUUGCCAUGGCACUGCUGUUUGAGACCCUGCUCAGAAGCCCCCUGGCUGUCCAUCACACACUCCAGCUGAUUCUUGCCUCUGGUUUGGAUAUCUGUGGAUUCCGCCUGCUCUACCCUCAGCCGGACAUGUUUCUCUCUAGCACAGUAACACCGCCUUCUUGUUAUACCCAAGAGAAAGGGCCCUCUGUGCUAGCACUGAGCCUGAGAGGACCAAGAGCCCGUGGCAUCCUGCAAGAUAUCAUGGGCCCCUCUGACGCGCAGCUGGCCAGAGUUACGGACUGCCACUCGAUCAGCGCAAUCUAUGGUUCAAGCCGAGCCGAGCCCCUUGCCUACCUCCCUCACAUGGACAGCCGAGUACACAGGGAGCUGUGCUUCUGGUUUGGAGGGAGGGUGAGCUGCGGCGGGACGCUUCAUGGUGGAGUUCCAAAUCCUGUUGGCAAACGCAGCAAACCAAGACUUCCUAGGCCUUCAUUCCACAAGGCAGAUGCUGACCAAGAACCAAGCAACUUGCAGGACGCUACAGCCUUAUGGCCUCCAGCGGCUCUUGUCUCCACCACCAAAGGAGACAUUAUUUUGAUGGCAUCGCCUGUUGUGCCUCCUCACAUCUAUGGCCUUGUGAUUUCAACCUGCACCCAGAGAGGAUUUGCACUCCAGGGGACCAAACAGCUGCAGCUGUUGCCCAAGCAAGCUCACAUGCUCGGUGUGCCAGCAAGCCAGGUAACUGUAUUUUGUCGUAGUGAGGCUUCAUAUAUAUCAGAGAGGAGUUUCUUGGAGGAUAAACUACCCAGCCAAACACGUGUGCAUUGCCUGGCUUUGUUGUUGAGAAAGGAAAAUGCCAGCCAUCAUGUCCCUGCGUUGCUCAAAGGGCUUAUGAGUGCACUGGCAGAGAAAGGUUUCUUGGAGGACAUUCAAAGCAGUUUGCACUCCCAUGCUGAACCAGAACCCAGUCUGUGUUUUCAUGCGGUUCCUUAUACCGACAGUUUGCUGCAGGAACUGGGUGGCAAUUUUAGUGUUGUGCCAGAUCCCUCGAACAUUCCCCUGGAGGUUUUGCACAGUCGGAUGUAUGCCUCUGAGCCUGAAAUGGAACAAGUGGUCCUGUUGACCUUCACUGGAAAGGAAGCCAUGAAAAGCGCAGGCAGCGUCCUUCACCAAAUCCUUGCACUAGGCUGCAGGAAGCAGCCUGCUCAGACUCCAGUGUUGGAAGACUUGGACCUGCCAUUUGAGCUUCUCACUCUGAAGUGGUUGCCUCACCUCACUCGGGUGCAGGCUAAGGAAACCACACCCUUCGAAGUGGGAGACAAACGCUGGCAAACAAGUAUUGAUGCGCUUAUGAGCAGCCCUGCCCUCAUCUGUGUGCUGCGGAGGAUUGGUGCCUUUGUGGUCCUUGCCGAAAUCCUGAAAACACUAACUCCGCACAACAGCAAAGUGAGCUCUGGCUCUGGCUCUCUUCCAAGAGUGAUGUCAUCAACCCCAGAGACGGCCUUCAGGCAGGCAGCGCUCUUCUUCACUGAGAAGGAUUUUGUAGGCGAUCCCAAACGUCGACCUGCCCUGAAGUACUUGCCACCUCCUCCACAGCACCCCCAGUCUGAAGCAGGCGAGACUCACACAAGCCAUGCAGAAUUGCUCUUCCGCUCCAUGCAAGUUGGAGCCCAAAUCCUCUGCACUGUGCUGCUGCUCAAACCAGGCACAUGGACCCGUAACCUAGCAAGGAUCCUCCGGAAACUGGAUCUAGAGAAAUUCAGCCUGGUCGGAAUGAAACACAUAGAUCUCACCCCAAAAGAUGUCAAGGCACUCCUCUCAUCUGAAGCUAAGCAGGACCCUGCUACCUUGGAGGCUCACUCCAGCUACCUAACUUCAGGUUCCUCCUUGGUCCUCUGCCUUCAGCGACAAAAUGCAGUGAAGAAGCUCCUGGACUUGGUAGGCCCUGAAGACCCCAAGGAGGCUCAAGCAGCUAAUCAGUUCUUUUGGAGAGCUCAGUACGGCCACAGCUUAAUCCAUAAUGGGUUUUAUGGCUCCACAUCGUAUUGGGCUGCUGUGCGGGAUGUGGAGCUGUUCUUUCCAGAAGGGCUGUGUGGGGCUGGGCCCCCAUCUCUGGAGGGAAAGGAGAUUUCCACUGUUGCGUCUGACCCCACAGCCUGCCUUGAGAUCGACAAACAGCACAGGCUUGUGAAAAGGGAAGCGAGAAGGCAGCUCAAUUUACUGGGCCCUGAGCAGCCACAGACUCUAGAGUGCUCUCAGCUUUCUGUGCUCUGCCAAGCCACCUGCCUGAUCCUUCCAGAGACCUCCCUGUGGAAGGUGAGCCCCCCGCCCUACCUGGUCCUGCUGGAGCGACUGAUUGGCCAAGGCUUCCUGGUGACGGGGGCACAGCUCACCACCAUGGACGAACCACGGGCCAGCUUCAUCUCUGCAGUCCUGAGUGCGACCGACAGGGAGGCGCCAGUCAUGUGCUCUCAGUUACUGAAGGGCACCUGCCUGAUCAUUGCAGCCCAGCGAGACAAUGCAGUGGUUUGCUUUGAUGCCCUGCUGAGCAGUGAUCACUGUCAGAAACAAGCUGUAUCAGAGUGCAUGAAACAACUUCUGUAUCCAAAGACUGAAAAACAGGCUGAGGAGCUUCUCUGUGUCCUCUUUGACUCUCUGACUUCUGAUAGCAGCUACCAGAUUGAAAUCCAGGAUCCCUAGCCAAGGGCCACCUGGACAUCUGCUUGGAUCCUGCUCAAUCUUGGGGGAACAAGGCAAAGCCAAACCCCUGAAAGAAGAAAGUAUGAGUACAAGGCACCCACAGUUUCAAUAAUAAAGUAUAUCCUUUGUCACAUG